GCCGAGAACCAUGGGUACCAACUUCGCAUUAUAGCAAUCAUUUGCUAUAUUCUCGCUUUCGUGGGGGUGGCGUUACGGUUUUAUGUUAGGAAGUGUGUAGUUGGCAGGUUAGAGAUUGAGGAUUGGUUGAUGGGUGUUGGUCUUGGACUUUAUACGAUGUACAUCUCCUUCGUAUUUGUAGGCUUACAUUACGGGACUGGACAGCACGAUCGAGAUUUACCAGAUCAAGACGUCGUUAUGGCCGUCAAGUAUUGGUAUUUCUGCGAAUGGGCAUACGUCCUCACCACCACAACCAUCAAAUACGCCGUAGGAGUCUUCUAUCUCCGCAUCAUGAUCCGGCCCUGGCAAACCCUGCUCGUAAAACUCGUCAUGGUGGCCGUUAUCCUCUUCGGCAUCGCCUACUUCGGCUGCGUCGUCGCGCAAUGCGUGCCCGUUCCCUUCAUCUGGCAUCGCUUCUCCCCUUCCUCCACAUAUCACGGCUCCUGUCUUCCCGACGCCGUGAUCGUAUGGGGAACGUAUCUUCACUCGAUUCUAAGCGCAAGUGCGGACUGGACGCUUGGGUUGCUGCCUAUUUCGCUACUGUGGAAUGCGAAGAUGGGAUGGGGGACGAAAGUUAUGAUGAGUUUGGUACUUGGACUGGGGGCGAUUGCUAGUACAUCGACAUUAGUACGAUUAAGUGUUAUACACACCAUUAUUGAUUUGGAUGAUUUUCUUUUAGCAAUAUGGUCCACCAUCGAACCAGGCGUCGCCCUCCUAGCCGCCGGUCUCGCGACCAUCCGACCCUUACUACGCUCCCUCUUCCCAACUCUCUUCUCGUCAUCCCUGAUCCUCGAAAUUCCU